AUGGCAGCCCUGCCCGAUGCCCAGUCCGCCGAAGAGCCCUCGUACAUUGACUACGAGACCUUCCUGUCCCCCGACUUUGCGCCCGCGUCCUUCGCCAACUCCCUCGUCCUCGCCACCAACAACCCCGACGACUCCCCGCUGGACCUCGCGACGCCCUUGUCCCGGGUCCUCUUCGACGCCCAGGAGAUCGACUCGCACAUCGACCUCCUCACAACCCGCUCCGCCGUGCCCCUGCUGCAGUACACCCAGGCGCAGACGGAGGCCAGCAAGGCCAUCGUGGCCCAGCUCGAUGCCCAGAUUGCGAGUCUCAACGACAGCUACAAGCAGCUGGAGAAGGAGGUCAUUGACAAGCAUGCCGAAGCCGAGGAGAUUCGACAGGUCGCUCUGCGCCUGUGGGAGACGCUGAGGCUGGGCAGGUCCAUGGGGAGAUGCUUGCAGCUCGGCAGGCAGCUUCAGGUGCAAAUGUCAGAGCUGGGCGGCUCCAGCACCGGCAAAAGCGACCACGGAGCGCUCGUUCGAUGCUCGUACACGAUACUCUCGCUGCGGGAGGUGCUGGACAGCAGGGCGCCGGGAGAGGAAGGCCAUGGGCUGGACAAGCUCAACGCGAUCAAGACGCUGCAGGAUACCGUCAUUGUACCGACAGAACGGCGGGUUGUGGAGGCAUCCGAACGCCUCAUUCGAGAGUUUGCCAUCUCGAGCAACAUCACGUUUGCCCAGAGCGAGGAGACACGAUCGCGACUGGCAUCCGCCAUAUCUGCCCUUUACUUGCUGUCCCCCUCGAGGGACAUCCAGCCCGACAAGUGGUCACCGACGCUGCUCUUGCAAGCCCUCGAGACCUAUGUUCGCUCUGCCCUACAGGCAAGCACCGCAGCGCUCUCGCGAUCUCUGGGACAGCUCCCCACCCUAGACAAGUCUCUCGGCGAGCUCGUGUCUCAUUGCCAGAACAUUGCCUCUCUCGAAUUGAUCCUCGAGACCAUCGAGACUCCGGCGCAUCCCUUGGUCCCAGCUCCCGCAGCAAAGAAGAAGCAGCACAGCCUCUACCAGCUGCUGCUGUCCCGCUUUGAGACGAGCUCUCUGGUAUCCUACUUUUGGCGCACCAUGGCAAGCAACAUUUCCACUCGCGUGCAGGAGAUUGCUACCCGAGGGGGCAUCGUUGCCCGGACCCUGCGCACGAAUAAGAACGUGGUGGGGGAUGCCAUUCGGCAGGCGGUCGUCCGAGGGGGCCAGACCCCCAAUGUCUUUGCCAGCAGCAAGAAGAAGCCCGUCGUCGAGGCGAGCUGGGAUCGAGAAAUCGCCGUUAUGGUGGGUAGCGUGUUGAACAACAUUGGGCGAUGA